AUGGAUCGGUCUGCUAUGGCUGUUGGGCCCGGAAUGGAUAUGCCGAUCAUGCAUGAUAGUGAUCGCUAUGAACUUGUGCGUGACAUUGGUUCUGGCAACUUCGGUGUAGCCAGGCUAAUGAGGGACAAGCACACCGAGGAACUUGUUGCUGUUAAGUAUAUUGAGAGAGGUGAAAAGAUAGAUGAAAAUGUGCAGAGGGAAAUUAUAAAUCACAGAUCUCUGAGGCAUCCCAAUAUUGUCAGGUUCAAGGAGGUUAUAUUGACACCAACACAUUUGGCAAUUGUGAUGGAAUAUGCUUCUGGAGGAGAGCUAUUUGAAAGAAUAUGCAAUGCAGGGCGGUUCAGUGAGGAUGAGGCACGCUUCUUCUUCCAACAACUUAUAUCUGGGGUUAGCUAUUGUCAUGCAAUGCAAGUAUGCCAUCGCGACUUGAAGCUGGAAAACACUUUGUUGGAUGGUAGUCCAGCUCCUCGUUUGAAGAUUUGUGAUUUUGGCUAUUCAAAGUCCUCAGUUCUACAUUCACAACCAAAAUCUACAGUUGGAACCCCCGCAUAUAUCGCUCCAGAAGUUUUGCUUAAGAAGGAAUAUGAUGGCAAGAUUGCAGAUGUGUGGUCUUGUGGGGUGACCUUAUAUGUCAUGUUGGUGGGUGCAUAUCCAUUUGAGGAUCCAGAGGAACCUAAAAAUUUCCGCAAGACAAUACAUAGGAUUUUGAACGUUCAGUACUCAAUUCCUGACUAUGUUCAUAUAUCUCCCGAGUGCCGUCAUCUGAUAUCAAGGAUAUUUGUUGCUGAUCCAGCAAAGAGAAUAACCAUUCCUGAGAUUAGAAACCACGAGUGGUUUUUGAAGAACCUUCCAAGUGACCUCAUGGACGGGAAUACCAACAACCAGUUUGAGGAGGCUGAUCAACCAAUGCAAAGCAUUGAAGAAAUCAUGCAGAUAAUUAGGGAGGCUACAAUUCCUGCAGCUGGGUCUCAAUCUCCUAACCAUGAUCUUACUGGUAGCUUGGAUAUUGAUGAGGACAUGGAUACAGAUCCUGACCUUGACUUAGAUAGCAGUGGAGAAAUAGUGUAUGCUAUGUAA